AUAUGACAGUGACAGCUGAUUUUGCAGGUUAUCAUCUUCCAACAAAAAAAAAAUAAAAUAAAAAUAAUAGAGAAAUCGCAAAUAAUCGCCCCAGAACGUAAUAAAAUGUUCAUUUUCGAUAUCAAUCACGGAUAAUCCUAAAAACCGCGUAAUCCAGGAAUCCAGUAAAUCGUUACGAUGGAACCUCCCGUUGUUGUGGAGGAAAAUGGCAAAGACGUGGACAGGCAGAUCGAAUGCUUGGAAACCGCAAACAGGAAAAUGACCGAGGAGUUUAAUAUCCAGAGGGCUAAAUUAAAGGAAUUGUUUUUGCAGAAAGAAGCCGAGUUAUCUAAAACAAGUGAGGAAAAUGUGCGGUUACUCGAUGAGGUCAAGAGGCUCAGAAACGAACUGGACGAUGUCAAAAGUCAAUUGGUCGUGGACAGCAUGAGAGAGUCAGACUUUGAGGUGGAAAAACGUAAGGCCGAAGAAGAAAUCGCGUCCCUUCAAAGACUAAUUCACGAAACCGUAGAAGAGUCGAGCUCGACGAGGACUUUAUAUGAUCAAGACCUGCAAAAGUUACAAUCAUAUAUACAAUCUUUAGAACGUGAAAUUGAAUAUUUAAAACAGUUAAACAGUCAAAACCAGGCCAGUAAUCAAGAACACAGUUUGGCCCCUAGCGUGGUCAUUAAUGCCCUCACCAAAGGACUGGCAAAGAAGCUCGAUGCAUUUGGGGGCUCCCAAGAAGAAAAACAGGAAAAAUCUCAGGAAGACGUGGAACUGUUAAGGUCUCUAGUAGACCCUUUGGAGGACCAAAUUAGAGCCCUAAAGGAAAAACUGAGGGCCACCGAUGAACUUUUGCAGAGGUGCAACGAGUGCAGACAUCUUGUCAAUGAGCCCUCAAAGUCCUCCGAACAAACCCCGGAGAAGAAAAACUUACAAAAUUGUCAUACCGCCUCGACGAACACCUCUUUCGACAAUCCAAAGAGCGACGGUCAGGGGUGCGACAUGUGCAGCAACUACGAGGCGGAAUUGGUGAAAGAGCAGCGGAACGUGAGCGAACUUAAAACGAAAGUGGCGAAGGCCGAAAAAGCGGCGGAGAGGCACAAGGAGGAGCUGAUCAAAGAGAUCGGGUUCAGGAAGGAAAUGGAGGAAAAGUGGAACGAGAAACGUGAGGAGCACAAGCAACAGGUUCUGGAACUGACUAGAACCACUCACUGUACCGAGCAAGACUUAAGGGAGCUGAGGCAACUGUUUAAUCAAACUUGUAAGGAAAUGAAAGAGGAGCUGGGGCACCUCACUAAAGAAAGAGAGAUGAUUCAUCGGGAGUUGGAUAAGUUGCAAUACGAAAAUGAAAGUUUAGUGGGGAAAUACACGAUUCAUUCGCAACAGUUGCAAAGCGAGGCGAUAAAUUUACCCGAUACUGUAGAGGAGUUACAGGAGCUGGUACUGCAGAACCACCAGAACCUAAUUAUAGCGAAAAUAGGCAAAGAGGCGGCCGAAGAAAAAGUGAAUAACCUACAGUCCGACAUGAUGGUGCUCAAGAGUCAAAUCGAGCAUGACCAGCACGAGAGGAAGGCUGUAGAGGAGUCUGUUGAUUUUGAAAUUAAACAGUUAAAGAAACAAAUUGAUAAGUUAGAGAUGGAGAAGAAGGCGUUCUUGGCGAAGAACGCCGAUGUGAUAGAGAAGGAUGCGAGGAUAAAUGAGCUGGAAAGCAUCGUUAAAAAAUUGGAAAAUCACAACCACGAACUGAAAACGAGGGUGCAUUCGUUGCAAGAGGAGCUGCAAACGGGGGAGACCGUCCAGAGGGAUUUUGUCAAGUUGUCUCAAAGUUUACAGAUCCAACUGGAAAAAAUCCGCGAGGCCGACCACCAGGUGCGAUGGCAACACGACGAAGACGUCGACGCCUGCACCAAGUGUCACUCGCAAUUUCCGCACGCGAAAAAGAAAAUCCACUGCCGGCACUGCGGGCAAAUUUUCUGCGCCAACUGUUUAACGAAAAUCGUCGAGUCUGGGCCGAAUCGACGGCCCUCGAAGGUCUGCGACGUCUGUCACACUUUACUGAACAAAAGUUCCGCCCCUUACUUCAGUGAGGAACCACCGACGACUUGAAGUCAUACUUUCAUCGUAUUAAAGUCGAAGUUACCGGGUGAUAAAGUGUGUCACUUUUGCAGUAAGGAAGUUUGAUUUUGUCUCAAUGAUUUUUGUAUGUUUCGUCAGAUUCUUUGUUAAAUUAUUAUUGACGGUUGCUUUAGGGGAAUUUUGUAUAAAUGAUGCUGCUGAUAUGGCAAUUCUGACAUUCCAAAAUUGCCAAGAAAAACUACCGUUUGGGUCUGAUUUGUGAUUAACCGUUUUCCCAAGAGUUUAUCAAGUUGUAUAUAUAGUUUUCAGAAAAGAUAUAUAAUGUACAGUGUCCCAUUUAUUAAUUUAAAAAAAAAAAAACGAAUUUACGUUUAUUGAAAGCUCGAAGCUUAAUCGUUUGUUAUUCGCAAUAUCCAGUAUUGUACAUUAAAGAAAAAAAAACAUCACUUGCACUGGCUGUAAUUAUUGUACUAAUUAAUAUCACUUCUCGUAUGGUGCAAUCCGUUACAUGCUGCUGGUAAGCUGUAAAAAUGUACUAAAUCAAGUUUAAAUUCUGCCAAAUAAACGUUACAUUUAAACAUA